GUUAAGUUUUUCGAACAUUGUUCUUUCUAUUUUUAAUCAAGCUCGCCGAAAAUUUCUUCCGGCGGGAUUCACGUUUUCGGCCAAAAAAUCAAUCUUGUAAAGAAAAAUUAUAUCGAAAAAGUUAAUUCUGGACAACCUAUCAAAAAUGACGAGAGGUGGUCGAACUGAACUAGGGGACAUCACUCCACACAACAUUAAGCAGUUAAAGAGGUUAAACCAAGUUGUCUUCCCUGUCACAUACAAUGACAAGUUCUAUAAAGAUGUUUUGGAAGUAGGAGAAUUAGCUAAGUUAGCAUAUUACAAUGAUAUUGUGGUAGGAGCUGUAUGUUGUAGAGUUGACAAUUCUGAGAAUCAACGACGUCUUUACAUAAUGACACUAGGUGCCCUGGCUCCAUACCGUAGACUAGGAAUAGGAACUGUGAUGUUAGAACAUGUACUCAAUAUUUGUGAGAAGGAUGGAAAUUAUGACAAUGUCUUUCUACAUGUACAAGUGAACAAUGAGGGUGCUAUCAAAUUUUACGAGAAACACGGUUUUGAGAUUGUAGAGGAAAAGAAGAAUUAUUACAAGAGGAUUGAACCUGCUGAUGCCUACGUGCUGCAGAAAACUUUUCGAGAGAAAUCCCAGAGUAAACAAACAGAGAGUAAACAAUCAUAAAACCACUUAGUCUAACAAAUUUAAAAACUAUUAAUAAAUUAAGUAUUUACAUCAUUCAAGACAGGCAUUGUUAUAACAAAUACUUUUUUGUGCUACCUGAAAAUACUGAGUUGAACAUUUAGUCACUUGUUUGUCUUUUCUUCACACUACAGUUGCCACUUCUCAUUUUCUAACACAUAUUUAGAUACCUGGUAUUCAGAUACAUGUAUGUUAUGCGUGUCUUUUGACUUUGAGCUUCAUGAGGUCAAGGCCACCAAUGCUUAAAAUAGAUUUUUCUACUCUUCAUAUUAGGGUUAAAAUUAUCUUUAUUUUAUAAGUAAGUGUUCAUCAGAAACCGCUACUUAUGAGUAAGGUUAAAGGUAAGCCUGAUGGUUUUUUUUACCUUUCUCCAUUGGAUACUUAUUUAUCGAAAAGAAGUCUUAAGAAAUUUUGGUAUGUAAAUACUAAAGCAAUGUAUGUCUAUCAUUUGAUAAGAGUUUAAGGGUGAUUAGGUCUAGGUAAAUAAGUCUACAAACAGAUUAUGAAGUAUUUUUCAUAGCUCAACAAUGAUUUGCACUUGUGUCAUAGUGCAGUCAGGGAGAAUCCAUUGUUAUCAUCAGUAUUCUAUGUUUUGAAGCUGAUAAUGUUCUGCAGUAAUUAUGUAUUGCAAAUGAUUUAAUCACAAUUGUUUUCUUCUUUUAAAUUUACUUAAAGAAACAGGGUCCAAAAAUACUCUCUGGACCUGAACAAAUACAUUUACAAUAUUUUUUUUUGGUAAAAUUUUGGCAUGGUUAAUCUACAUUUCUAGUUUUGGUUUUUUUCUUCUUCAUAUUUCAGUUUUCAUCACUAUUACAUUCAGUCAAUAUAUUGCAUAAUGAUAAAUGAUGUGUUGAGAUAUAAUUUUAGGCAUUUCAUGAAAUGUUUGACAAGUUAUGCACAAGGAAUUUUAUAUUUCCAUGUUUAUUUGACUAUAAGCUGAUGACAAAUAUUUAGUUUACUAAGCCAGAGAAGAAUUUUAUUGAUUCGUUAUCUGCAACUUUCUUUUCAUUUAUUAUCUGAGAAUACUUACUGGUUAACUUACUGGUUAACUUACUGGGUAACAUACCGGUUAGCUGCUUUAAAGCAGAAUGCCUCCAGAUUCAUGCUCAUAUUUAUGAAGCUUGAAAAUGAAUUUAAAAUAUUGUGAAUAAAGAAAGUAAUAUUCACAUUGCAAUUGGCACUUAACAAUCCAUGUAAAUUACCAAAAAGAUGUCAAAAUAUGCAAAAACUAGCACAAACUGUGUUAGUCACACAGUAGAAAUAAGAUAAUAAAUACUGCUAUAUCAGUCAUAAAUCAUACAUAACAUGUGGAUCAUUACUUGAAUCCUAAAUAUUUUCACUUUUCUUAAAAUCUUAGGUCAUUUUCUCAAGUCUGAUUUUCAUGAAAUAUUUGGCUCAUCUGGAGGCACACAGCUUUAAAAAUUCUUUAAUUAACUUAAGGCUUUGUGCAGUUGUUAAUAAUGGAAGAUUUUUAUGGACACAUUUCUUGUUAAUUGUUUUUUUCUAAAAUGUUUAAAAAAAUUAAAAAUUUAAAAAUCUUUCUAUCAAAAUAUGUUGUAAUAUGUUGAUAUUGAAUGAAAAGUUAUAAUGGAUUUUUAAGAUAACUUUGUAGGUUCUUAUUAUUUCAUUCGAACAAAUUCUGUUUAGAUAAAUGUUCAACAUAGAAUUUUGUUAUUUAUAUUAAGUUUGACAAUGUUUCUUCGAUAAUGAAAAUCAUUUUCAUAAUGCCUUAAUUCUGCUGUUAAUUCAAGUAUGGAUUUUCUGAAUAAAUAAUUAGGUAAAUCUUAUAAUAUGUCAUGAAUUUACCUGUUGGUUUUUCUACUUUGUACAUUUACAUGUAAAUAAACUAUUUUGUAAAUUAA